AUGGUCCUGGAUACAGAGGGCUAUGCUAAUACUGGCGGCCAGAAGUCCAAGGCCACGCAGAUCUCGGCCGUUCAGAAGUUCGCCACUGAUGGGUACAGGCGACCUAAGAAGAACCUAGCGGAAAUGUUUAUGGGUUACGGUAAUGUCUAUGUGGCCAGCAUUGCUGUUGGUGCCUCACCGAGCCAGUCUGUGAAGGCCCUUAUCGAGGCCGACUCGUACGCAGGGCCGUCCGUUGUCCUUACCUAUUCCCCAUGUAUCGAACAUAAGAUUAAAUUCCCACGGGGUCUCAGUAGACUGGCUGACGAGAUGACCAAAGCCGUCAACUCUGGGUAUUGGCCACUCUUCCGCUAUGAUCCUGCUAAGAUCUCGGCUGGUGUCAACCCAUUCGUCCUGGAUGCCCCUAAGAAACUCGUUGGUAAGGUACAUGACUUCACAGAAUUGGAGGACCGGUUUGGUGCUCUGGAGAGGACCCAUCCUGAUGAUGCCAGAAGGUUGGCGGAGGAACUACAGACUCACGUCACGAACAAUUUCGAGGCCCUUCGCCGUCGUCAUCUGGAGGGAGCUCGAGCCUCUACUAUGCUCAUUCGCGUGGGGGUAUCCCCGACCAUGGGAGGAGGCCAGGACGAUGAUGCUACUGCCUGUCAUAGAGUGCUUAUCGUCUAUGCUUCGGACACGGGGAACACGGCUGAACUGGCCAACAGGUUCGGCAAUAUGUGCCGGUCUAGAGGGGUGGCAGUAGAUGGGGUAUUGGACAUGUCAGAGGUCGACUCUCUGUCCCAGCUACCAACAGGGACCGGAUCCACUCUGGUGGUGAUGACCAGUACCGUCGGGGAAGGCGAUCUUCCUCCAACAGCAGUGGCCUUCAAGGCAAUGCUUGACUCAGCUGAGGAGGGGUCUCUAGCCACUACACGAGUGAUGUUAUUCGGUCUGGGGGAUAGCUCAUACCAUCAUUUCUGUGGAGCUGCUGUGGCCCUGGAGAAGUCCCUCCAGAGAGCAGGGACAGUGAAGGUUGCCCCGACAGGUUUCGGUGACGACCAAGCUGAGGAUAAGUUCGAGACUGGGUUCGAGCAGUGGACGCCUACUGCAUGGCCGGCCCUGGAUGCCCCACAGGACGAGAUUAUUGAGGACCCUACGGCCGUACCCCCGUCCUGUUAUUCGGUUAUGGAAGUUGCCCCUCCACCCAUUGAGAUCGAUAAGGGGGCGCUCCUAGCAUCCUCCUCUCCACCAGGUGAGCACGAAGCUUCGGUUGGGGAAGGAUCGCCUGUCGGUUCAGGCACGUUCCCACUCAGAGUGAGCUCUAAUACUAGGUUGACCCCAGAAGGCUAUGACCGUACAGUUAACCAUGUUUGCCUGGGGGUCUACGAGGAUAUUGACGGCCGUUCUCAUCACGACCUUUCCUACCACCUCGGUGACGCUUUGGCAGUAUAUCCCUCUAAUGACACCGAGAUGGUCACGGAUUGGCUCUUAGCCUAUGGCCUGGAUCCGAGGGCUCACGUUAACGUUGCUAGUAGUAUAUGGUCAGUUGCUGAGCUUCAUGGACGUAUGUGUAGCACCCCCGGGUGA